AAGUGACGCGCUGCGUCAAGCGGAAGUGACGGGCGUCGCGUGCAGGCCCGGACCGGUGGGGGGGGUUUGGACAAGAUGGCAGGAUCCACAGUUAAAGUACCUCGUAAUUUUCGCUUGUUGGAAGAACUUGAAGAGGGACAGAAAGGAGUAGGUGACGGUACAGUAAGCUGGGGCCUUGAAGAUGAUGAAGAUAUGACACUCACCAGGUGGACAGGAAUGAUUAUUGGGCCACCAAGAACAAACUAUGAAAACAGAAUAUACAGUCUGAAAGUAGAAUGUGGACCUAAAUAUCCAGAAGCACCUCCUACAGUUAGAUUUGUAACUAAAAUUAAUAUGAAUGGAAUAAAUAAUUCCAAUGGAAUGGUGGAUGCACGGAGCAUACCAGUGUUAGCAAAAUGGCAAAAUUCUUAUAGCAUUAAAGUUGUACUUCAAGAGCUAAGACGUCUAAUGAUGUCCAAAGAAAAUAUGAAGCUUCCACAACCUCCAGAGGGACAAACUUACAACAAUUAAUUUUAGCUGAUUCUCAAACUUCUGUCUUAAAACAACAACCUUCUACUCAUGUUAAUGUCUUGAUUAAAUCUCACAAUGCAAACACCCACACAUUAAAAGAAUUUCAGCUGGUAUACAUGACCUGGACAUUUGUAAGAAUAUAUAUAAUAUAUGUAUGCCCAAUAUGUUUUCAGGCACUAUGGGAGAAAAAGGCAGCACAAUUUUAUUUUUUUUUUCUCUUACCAAGGCACUGUCAUUUAAGCAUAAGCCUGAAGUAGCCUAAAAUUGGAAUUCAGGUUUUACAAGAUGAAAGCAUGACAGGAAGUGUCAGAUUGCUGUGGAAUAAUAUAUGUUUCUGAAAAUAAUCUCUUGAGAAGGCAAAAUAUAAAUGGCAUGCUUUAUCCAUCUUGCUUAGUAAAAGAGCUGCAGUUAAAAUUUGUUUUCAAGUAGCAGGUACAGUGAAUACCGUUGCUCAUCUUGUUUAAUUUUGCAAGGGUGUGGGUGCCGACUACUAGUAGUGUCACAAAGUAUGUUCAGGAUUGUUUUGAUACCUGUAUUUAUAAAAUGGGGGAACUGAUUUCUGUUAAGCAGCUCCUGUGUGUUACAUGUAUCGGACAUGGCAAAUAUUUGUUUACAGUCUUUGUUCUAAUAAACCAUGCAUUUAAGUUUUAGUGAAACAAAAGGAAAUGUAUGGAUAUGUGAUUGAGAUUAAAGUUAGUCUUAAAAUGUAAAUAAAAUGUGGAAAGUGUCUGAGGCUGUGCCAUUUCUAUAAUAGUAAUAUAUGUACAGAAACUUGCAGAAGUAGUGGAAAGCCAAACAUAAUGUUGCUGUUGGUUUUUACAUGCACCUUUUAUUCUUGCCACUUUUGUAUGCUUGGUUUACUUGAGAGGUCAAGGUAUUCCGUUUGUUGCAGAGGAGUAAGUUCUGUCGUCUGUACCACUUUUUUAGACAGGCUUGCACUGUGUGUAUAUGUUUAAAAAAAACCCAAACCAAUUGCAAAAUAAAAACAGAAAACUUGCCUCCCCAUCUCCCCUUCACUUGCCUUCCAUAUUCUUCUGAGAAAUGAGCAUAACUUUUACUUUGCUUACGUGACCUUUAAGCAGUUUUCAGACCACAUUGCUGAAGUCUAUCCUACUUCUCCAUCCUUUGUCUUGCUUCUGCAGUUACUGCCUUGACUCUUCCUUUCUUGCAUCUUUUUUUACUGUUUCUUGCCUUUUUUUUUCUUGUCUGUUCCACUUUUGCCUUUUCUGAAACACACAAAAAAGACAUUUCAGGAACCUUUAAUAAAAAUUACACCUGUGGCACGAAUUGGCUAUAUUUCCAUCUACAUUCCAUGUAUCAUAUGCCAUGACACCACUGUCUUCAUAGCUAGGAUGCUUUCUGCCUCUCCUGCAAUUGCAGGUCUGUUUUUUUCAAUGUAUUCUGUCUGGUGGGAUCACUGGUUUUAGUUCUAACUGGUUUCUCUUAGGAAAGUAGUUAAUGCUAUCCUUUUGGAGAUUAUACCUUCUUUCCCUGACCCCCUGCCUCUUGGAAAAUGCAAGCCUUGGCUUGUUUUGGUGAGAACAUGUAACACUGGGAGCCAGUCAGCUAUUUGCAUUUAAAAUUUCAUUUAGUGGCUCUUUUGAAAAAGUGAAUAUAAUCAAAAGCCAUCAACAGCCAGGUAACUCUCUUUGAUAUGACUUUGCCUAUUUCUGGUGUAAAGAAUGAACCUUUAAAAGCAAUAAACUCGGCGGGGUUUUUUUAAUGGAAGGGUUUAAUCAGUAUUUGUCAGUGUAUGCUUUUUAGACAAAUUGGACACUUCCAGAAUUGGUGGAUUUGUAGCUGCCAGCUACCUCCUGUCUGUAUUUAUAUAAUAUAUCAUUUGUGACUGUUUGGCUGAAGUGCAUUUCAACAUUUUCUUAUUUGAUUUAGUUUGAAUGAUUUUGAUGCCAUUAAAUCUUUUUUUCCUACAGUAACAGUGCUAAUAUAUAUUUAAUCAAUUAAAGUAAUGGAACAAUG